UUUAUUAUGUUACUAGUCGGUGUUUAAAUAACCCGGUAUUUUCCGUGUGAGAAAAAUGUUUUUUAUUAUGAAUUCUUUCAUGUGUACAACAUGUUUUUAGAUAUAGUGAACAGAACUAAUAAGAUAAAUCGAAAAAAAAAAUAUAGUGCUAAGUUAGUUUUUCAUGUGUAGUGUUUUCGAGUGUGAUAUUUUGUGUGUGAAAUAAGUGUGAGAGUACGAGUGUGGGAAAGAUAAUCGAUUUGUCAACGUAAACUUGGACUAAUCAAGGCAAUACGCCGACAGUGCGGUGUUCUCACCGCUCUUGUCCAUCUAUAAAAAUUUUGACAUGGAAAAAAUGGAUGUGGAUGAUGACUCGGUUGUGGAUUUAAGUGUCAGUAGCCACAAUAAUAUUAGGCGUGAUAUUCCAACACCAAUAAAUAAUUCAACAAGCGAAACAUCAUCAAGUAGAGCUCGUCGAGUAUUGCGGCCUAGAACUGAACCACGAAGGUAUACAGAAAGUCCGGAUCCAACAUUAAAUGGAAAUUCAUUGAAACCUCGUACAAACGGUACUGCAGAUUCAGAUUCAAGUGAAGGAGAAAUGCCACCAUUAUUGCCAAUAAAAGAAUUAUCACCAACGGAAAUAUGGCAACGAGAGCGUGGUUUAAGGAGAUUGCGAGAAGAAUUACGGGCCGAAGAAAUGAAAUUAGUUUUAUUAAAAAAAUUACGACAGUCACAACAAUUAAAAGAAAAUUUAGCAACUGUUGCUCCAGCUGUGCCACCACAAGUUCUUCCUCCAACAGGUUUACCAAGUGGUUUAAGUAUAACACCGACAACUGUAAAAAUCGAAAAAAUCGACAAAAGUCAACAACCUCAACAAGCUCAUAGUCGUCACAGUACAAGUUCAAAUAAUAAUAAUAAUAAUAAUAGUAGGAAUAAACCGACAAAUUUAUCGCAUGUACCGCCAUUAUUACGUGGUCAACCUCCGCCAGCAAGAUCAUCACUACAUGCACCUCAACUCUCUAAUACGAGUAUAACACAAACAAGUGUUCGUGGAAUGGCUACGAAUUUAUCAGUACCUCAGCCACCACAACGUAGUUCAUUAAAUCGAGAUCGGUCAGGAUUUCCUGCUGUUGUUAAAGAUCUUUCUCCGGCUGUUACAAUUACACCUGCACCUCCUCAACCUAUUAAAAUUAAUAAGGUAAAGCAACAAGAACAACAGCAGCAGCAACAGCAACAAAGGCCGAGAGAAGAUACUCAAACUCCAGCUCAAAGGCAGGCUGCUGCCAAACUUGCGCUGCGAAAGCAGUUAGAAAAAACAUUGUUGCAAAUUCCACCACCUAAGCCUCCGCCACCUGAAAUGCAUUUUAUUCCAAAUCCAAGUAACACGGAAUUUAUAUAUUUAGUAGGAUUAGAACAUGUAGUAGAUUUUUUGACAAAAGAACCACGACCACCUGCACCGCCAACGCCAUUUCAAUGUCAACAGUGUCGUGCAGAUUUUACGCCUGUGUGGAAAUGGGAAAAACAAAAUAAAAAUCGACAAAGUAACGCAACGUUUCAACAACCGGCUCAUGGGAAAGAUCCACGCGUUAUUUGUGAACAAUGUGUUACUAGCAAUGUAAAGAAAGCAUUAAAAGCAGAGCAUACAAAUCGACUGAAAACAGCUUUUGUAAAAGCUUUACAACAAGAACAAGAAAUAGAACAACGUUUAGCACAAGUAUCGUGUAAUAGUCCAGCACCUUCCCCUGUUGCACCGGAACCUAGUCCGAGUCCAAAAGCUGUGCCAACACCAUCUCCAAGGCAUGCUGCUACACCUCCAGCUCCACCCCCAGCACAGCCAACCCCACCGCCAGCCCGUCAAUCACAUCAGAGUUCGCAUAGCAGCUCUCACACAAGCUCAUCAUCUCAUGUUAGUUCACAUGGUAGCUCACAUGCUUCAUCUCAACAAUCUCAACAAGAUAAAUUCCAUCAAUCGGCGGCUGCAAUGCAAGCACUUCAACAACAACUGUUCAGAGGUUUGUCACCUCAACACAUGCUACCAUUUUCUCCAUUAUUUUAUCCAUAUAUGGCGAUAGCACAAGCAGCUAGCAGCGGUGGCAAGGGUGCUAACGCAAAUGCAACAGCAUUUGCUGAAAUGCAACGUGCCGCUGAUCUACAACGGCAAUAUCUAUUAGAUAUGAUUCCACCACCAAGUAAACAUAAUUGGAAAACGUGAUCAGAUACAUCUUCGUCAUCAUCUUCAAAGUGAAUUAUUAAAUAUCAAUUGAAUAAAACUUUUUAUAAUGCAUUAUAUAUUUGUAAAGUGAAUCGAUUGUUUUAAGUCGAUUAAUUCGGCAUAUUGAUUUCUGAAUUAUAUCAUUUACUUUAUUAUUAUUACUAUUAGUGUUUUGAUUAAUUUGUAGAAACUAAUUUUUAAAGAGUUUUAUAUCGACCAAACAUUUUUUCGUCCUAAAUCUCUUAAUUUAAUCUAAUUUUCCAAUUUUUGCCUAAAAUCAACUAAGGAUGUUAGAAAUAAAAGUUCAGAUAUACUUUGGCUUAUAUUAGGAAGUUAUCACAAUCCUUCCUUUAAAAUAAUCAAUCGUAUGGUCUUGAUUUAAUCGAAAGGCUAUUAGAACUUAAACGAGGCCACAAAAUUGAAAUUAAUCGUUUUUUACAAUCGUUAUUUGUAAUUCAAUUUGCUUCGAGUGUGUUAUUAAACUGAUGACAAUAAUAAAUGGUCCGAUUAUUUCAUUAACCGUUGAUAAUAUUCUGUACGUGUAUUUUCAUAUAAAUGAAACGUUAAGGGCUGUGAUAACUGCCUAAAAUUCAUGUUUUUCAUAAUUCAAAUGUGAUUGAUUUAAUAACCAUAUUGAAUUUUAUUUAUAUUUUCUGCUCGGUACAGAAAACCCGAUAACUUGCACGAAAUAUUUCAAACAUUAACGAUUUUAUUGAAAUUUAAAAGAAUAUUAUUAAAUUUGAUUAUGGCCUGAAAAUGUUUUUUAUUUAACAAUCAAACAAUUAAAAUUUCUUCAAGAUUCUUCUCUCUGUCUUGUUCCUGAAGCCAUCGCCAUCUGGGUUGUUACUGUAUAUUUCGUUCACAGCUCCUUCAUCGGGCACUAUUUCGGGUUGCAAUGAGCGUUUUUUUUUCUAGAAAUUUGUUAUUCUUUUCUUUUCAGUGGCCAUUAUAAUUAUCUUUUUUUUUAUUGUAGAAGUUUACUUUGUUCAGAACAAACCAAAUUGAUUUUAUUUUUUAAAAUAAAUAUUUUUUUACUCGUUUUCUGUAUCGGGCAGAAUAAGAAAACAAAGGUGCUUUGAAAUAAAAUUUUGAGCAUUUAACUUAAAUUGAUUUAAGUUUUAAUUAUAAAACUUGUAUAUAAAAAUUAAAACUAAUUCUUUAAUAAUUAUUUCUACAAUAAAUCGUAUCCUCCUGUCGACUUUUAUUUUGUACAUAUUUAUGUUAA